AUGGGCAAACCUACUCAGCGUGUCCUGUGCAGAAAAGGGAAGGGGAAGGACAUAGAUGCCACAGACGAGUUCUCGGUUAACGACAACUUCCAAUCCAAGUUGACCCGUAUCAAGGUCCAACUGGUGACAUCUAAGGGCGAGUCGGAACCAGAAAAGAAGGAGACCAGGUCUAAGGUGGAGGAUGACAGAAAACCUGAAGUUGAAGCUGCUAUUGUUCGCGUCAUGAAGUCGAGAAAAGUGCUCGAUCACAACAACCUCAUCACGGAGGUGACGCAGCAGCUAAAGUAUCGGUUCUUACCGAAUCCAAUUUUGAUCAAGAAGAGAAUAGAGUCUUUGAUCGAAAGAGAUUAUUUGGCGCGGGAUGCUCACGAUCUCAAGCUUUACCACUAUGUUGCAUGA